UGAGUCAAACAAAAAAAAAACAGAUGUAUGAUAUAACUAUUAUCUCGGGAGAUAUCGCAAUCAUAAACAUAUCAAAAUGUCUGUGACCGCAAAUGUUUGAGACGUUUGAGUAAUAAAAAUAAAUCCUCUCGGGAUACCCUGUAUACUUUUUAUAUGUAUUUAUUUAAUUUGACCAUUCUAUCUUAAACCGUGAAUAUAACAUAUAGAUGAUAAAUCUCUAUAGUUCUAUGGAAUUUGGAUGCGAGCGAAUAAUUUAUUGGUUAUGUUUCUUUUUGUACAUCUCGAAUUUCAGACAUCUGGAAAUCAUAAUAUUUCAAAACCAAGGUCUUUUCACUGACCAAUCACCGGCUUACCUCCAUAGAAAAGAUUCUAAAAAAUCUGCCUACCACGACUGUGGAGUUGUAGAGAAAUACCUUGCUCAAAACUCUAACGAUCCUCCAUGACAUGCUAUGUAUAUUGUUAGAGUUUAUAUAUUUUCUAUGGCGUUUAAUGUUUAGAUGCACAGUUGCUAUUUCCACUUAAAUUCACUGCAGUGAUGAUAAUUAUUAUUGAUGAUAUAUUAUUAUGAUAAUGCUGUGGUGGUCGAAAUGAUCUGUGAGCACUGAGUAGUUGGUACCUGUCUGUAUGGCUCAUUCUGCGGCACAUCUCUAUCGGACAGUGGUUUUCAUUAUUGUCAUGGUCUCAGACAGUCAUUGAGUAAAAAAAAAUGAAUAACAAAGAGUCAGAACAAGUCAACAUAGAACAAAAACCUCAAAUAUCUAUCGAAUUAGAUGGCAGUGUAAUUCAACUUCCACUAUCAACCUUCAAUGAUAUAUUAGAACGAGAAAUCACCAACUAUAUAUUGAAAAAAGAGGCUAAUGAAAAUAAUAUUAUUGACCUGAAUGAUUUGGUAAAUGUUCAGAGUUGGAAAACAAAAUAUAAAGAAUUGGAAAACCAAGCCAAUAUUCUUCGUAGCAUUAUACACCGCUUUAAGAGAAAUUUAGAAACUGAUAAGUUUGCUCAACCACCGAGGUGUAUGUCUACUUCAGUUAGUCAAAAUGUUAACAUUUCAACAAAUGUAAAAAUGGCCAACAAUCAUAAGGAUUCUUUUACGGAAUGUCAAGUAUUUACCAUAUCAGAUAGUGAAGAUGACCCUAUCGUCAUAACGGCUGAUACGUCAAAAAACAAAGCAAUACAAACUCAAGAUGAAAUUAUUAUCGAUUUAGAUAAUGAAACCCAAGACUUGAAGGCUAAAUAUAAGCCAGGUCCAAAAUCGAAAACAAUUGUUUCUAAACAAGAUUUCAAAACCAAUGAUAAUAAUAAAGAACUUCCCAUGAAUACUGAAGCCAGUAAAACUUUAAGUAAUGGAGAACGUUUAUCCACAACUAUACGUAAACGGAAACCUGGGCCAAAAUCAAAGACGAUGGUUGUUGAUGAUAUAGUUCCUAAUAAGGCUGUAAAUAAGGAACCUGUUGAAAAAAAAAUGUGUUUAAAUGAGUGUAAAGAUAUAAAAAACAAAAAAUCAAAUACUACAAAUUUGUUAAAUUGUAAUUCAGUAAAGAAAUUAGAAGUUCCCAAGAAGCAUAAUCAUAAUUUACUCAUUAAGUCUUCAAGUUUAAAGUAUCCACCACCUUAUCCCUUAAUACCACCACAUAAUAAUCAACCGUCAUGGAAAAACGUGCCACCAAUUCCUAAUAUGACAAUCAAAACUUCAGGAAAUAAAGUUACAUUAACUUGGAACUUGAAUGUGACUUACCAGACAGCAGAAAUAAAACUGUAUGAACUUUUUGUAUGCCAAGAAACAGAUAAACCUCCAGAAGCCUCAAUGUGGAAAAAAAAAGGCUGUAUAGAAGCAGAUAUUUUGCCUAUGGCUUGUGAACUAGAAGUAUUUGAUUUAGGAUAUGUUUACUAUUUUGCUCUGAGAGCUGUGGAUGUUCACAACAGACGUGCACCUUUUGCUUUACUAAAAACUAAGGUUUAGGUUAUCAAUUUACAAUAAGUUUUUUGUAUGUAAACUUUUUGUUGUAACUUAAUUAUUUGCCAAUUUGUUAAGUAUUGUAAGACAAUAAUUUUUUCUCAAUAAUGAGUACCUACCUACAUUUUUUUUUAACUACCUCUAAACUAUAAGACUUGUUGAAUUUGUUUGACUGUAAACUUUUGUCUACUGAUAUCUAUGGUUCAAAUAUAAUAAAAUAUAUAUAAUUUUACAUAUUA